CGACGGAGAAUCAAAUUUUUACUGGGCUCCCCAUCACCACCAACGAAUUGCGCAGCCUUUUUCUGAAGCACAAGCCAUCCACAAUGAGCUCUGAGCAACUGGUGAACGAUGUGGAGAAAGGGAGCAUAGUUGUAAUCCGGGAACCCUCCCAGAAAAAUAACCACUGGAAGUGCCUCAGCAUCUGCUCCUUCUUGCUUCUGAUUGGGGCAGUAACCGUGUUCGCCCUCUUGCAACUGGACGCAUUUGGAUUGUCUGAAAAGGAGAACUCUAAACUACAGGGAAAUUCAUUUUCUGAACAUCUGCCAGACACAAUGAAAGUACAAGCCUUGAAGUCUGGAAAACCAGCUGCCCAUGCUAUUGCUUCUUCCCGUUAUUCACCACAACUGAAGUGGACUACAGAUGUGGUUCCUUCCAUUCUGGAGAAUGGCAUGCGGCUGGAUGAGAAUGAAAACUCCCUUAUUGUGCCUUCUACUGGAUUGUACUUUGUCUAUUCUCAGCUUUUGUUCCACAAAGACCACUGCAAAAAGCCUCUUCUGCUCACCCACAACAUCACCUUCUGGUCCUCAGAGUUCAGCUUUGAGGUAGAAUUGCUAAAAUCCAUUAAAUCUGUCUGUGAAGAUGCCUCCAGCGAUAAAAAAUUGUGGUUUGAAUCUAUUUAUCAAGGGGCUGUCUUCAAGCUGAAUAGAGGAGACCGCUUGCUGUCCAAAACAAAUCUCCCUGAAUUUCUGGACUUCACUCAUUCAACCCAGAUUUAUUUUGGGGUCAUUGCUAUGUAAGAAAAAGACUUUAUGAUAACAACCACAUGUUUGUAAUUCAUGUACUUCAUGUAUCUUCAUGGGGUUUUUUUUCAGCUUAUAGGAAGGUCCCCAAAACUUAUUUGUAGGCAGGCAGUAUAAGCAUCAUUAGUGUGAGUCGCUUUUAAAUGGUCUAAACUUUUUAUUUAUUAAUAUUUAUUUAUUGAGCUUCUAAUAUAAUUUUGAAACUUCAAGCCUUUUUUUUUUCCCCUGUGUCGGAGAUCCUUGCAAAAAGAGACUGCACUUUUACAGGCAAUGAAUGCAUACACGUGGAACAAUGUAGUUGUGAUUCCCCAUUAAGUGGGUUCAUGUUGAUGAACCUGUGUUUGGGGUAUUGUAAAAAUGCUUGUGUGGCUAUCUCUAAGCAGGAUUUCCAUUCCUUUGUUCCCCAGUCUAGGUUAAGAUUUGAAUAUUUACAUAUAUAUACAU